AUGGUGUGUAAGAAAUGCGAGUCUAAACUCUCCAAACUUGCCGCUCCCGACCCGUUCACCUCGAGCUCGCAGAGCAUCAAGGAUGGUUCUCGGAAAGUCGGAGAGAACAAGCUGCUGACCAGACCUGGGAGCUCAAAGAACAGGUUCCAGCCGUACCAGGGGAAGUGUAAGGACUGUAAGUCGACGGUGACGCAGAACAGGGCCAAGUACUGCCACGGAUGCGCAUACAAACGUGGAGUAUGUGCGAUCUGUGGCAAGCAGGUCCUGGAUACGACCGGCUACUCGAUGUCGGCCAAGUAG